AAACAUCAAUGUCACGUCUGUCAACAGAAUGUACGCGUAAUGCACUCACAACAAAAUGAUACAACCGAACCACGAUGAAAUAUGGUGGGUUAUCAACGCAACGACAGCAUGACCGCUAAUCAGAAACUGAUAGCUGGCUGCGUCUCGGGGGUCAUGACCAGGUUCAUCACUCAGCCCCUCGACGUCAUCAAGGUCCGGACCCAACUGCAGAAGAAGGCGCUCUCAGAAAACGAGAGGAGGAAGUGGUUCAGGACAACUAGGAUGAUAUUGAAGGAGGAGGGAAUUGCGGCCUUAUGGCACGGACAUAACGUCGGGCAGAUACACUCGAUACUCGCUGUGAGCAGCCAGUUUUACGCGUACGAACUGUCGACCAAAUACACAGCUGAUACGUUUGGCGAUUCUAAAUUCAGACCAUUCCUGCAAUUCUUAUGCGGCAUAUUCGCGGGAUGCUGCAGUGCAACGCUAGUGCUACCCCUGGACGUGAUCAGGGUCCGGCAGAUGAUCGUCAAGGAGCAAUACCCCAGCAUCAUAAAAGGCGCCAGGGAAGUGUACGCUACGGGGGGGAUUUUGGCCUUCUAUCAAGGAUUAAACGCUUCAUUGUUGCAAAUGGGUCCAGCGGUCGGCAUAUCAUUCGGAAUAUUCAAUCUAGUCCAAACACUGAUUCUGUCGCUCCUCAGCGAGUGCCGUGAUGAGAAAUGCAAGCGGGCGUCUGGCAACGUCCACAAGCCUGAGAACCUCUUGCUGGCCUCCACCGUCGCCGGCUCCAUCUCAGGGUUUAUCUCUAAAACCCUCACCUACCCCUUCGACCUGGUGAAAAGGAGGAUGCAGAUAAGUACUCAUAAAGCUGACGUCCGAUUUCAAGUCCCAAGCACGUCGAAAGACUUGGCGAGUUGCACCGGCCUGGCUAAAUGUUUCGUGCAGUUGUAUAAGGUGGAAGGCCUUAAGGGCUUAUACAGGGGCUUCAAGGUCACCAUCUAUAAGGCCCAGCUGACCAGCGUGGUCGCCUUCACCACUUACGAACUGUUUUGCUAUGCCAUUAGGGAAGUGAAGGCUCGAUGAUGGAUAUUAUUUUUUCAAAAUGUUACAAUCUGUUUUACUAAAUAUAAUGUAUUUUUCAACUGAAUGAUGGGUGAUAUUGCGCCUGCCUGUUAACAAUAGCAAUGAAUCCCGGGAACUGAACUAUAAACUUUGGUCACUGUAUUACUGAUGCUCUUAGCAAAUGCCAUUAAUCAUGAUCAAAGGAAUAUAAUAUUCGCUUAUUUAUUCUGUUUUUGUCCUUGUCUUUUUAUAAUUCUGUCCUUUUGUUAUAAUGGUAGUAUAUUAUGUUUAUUUGUGUGUUUUUAUAUAAAUUAUUCACUAUAGUGUGCUAUAGUGACUUCUAAGGUUUCGAUAUAAUCAGUAAUUCAGAGAGAUAAACAAACAUUUCUAAGUAUGCGUAUUGUGAAUGU